AUGACUGAGACUUUGAUUGGCAUACCUGUAGCGAGUGUUCCAAACACCAAUACUUCAAACGGCAUUGGAACCGAAGACGAGGAGACUCUGAAAUACAUCAGUUCAGGUCGUUCCUAUGCACGAAACGGUAAUUAUUCCGAUGCUAUAACUAAUCUCAAACAUGCCACACAUUUACAACCAUCAAAUAGUGAAGCAUUCUAUUAUCUUGGAUUGGUAUACUUAGAAAAGCGGCAGUAUGGAGAUGCUAUCGAAGCUCUGAAGGCAGCAAUCCAGAAUAGUAAUACUGACAACAAAGAAAAUACUAAUCAUUAUUACUUUAAAUAUGCAUUUGCAUGUCAAAAUGGUGAUCAACUAGAAGAAGCUGUAAAAUAUUACACCAAAUUCAUUGAGAAUACGACUGAAGAAAAUCAAUAUCCAGGCUUAUUGAAUCGCGGUAUCUGUAAUGAUAAAUUAGAACGAUAUCUUGAAGCAUUGUCAGAUUUUGAUAAUGCUCUUAAAAGCACAAAUGAACAAGUCAAACCUUAUUGUUUAAGUUGUCGUGCUCGUGUGAAGGCUAAAAUGGAUGAUCAAAAAGGAGCUCUAAAAGACUAUGAUGAAGCAGUAAGCCAUACAGCUGCAUUUAUUGAGCAAAUCAAACCACCGAAAAAAAUGAAUGAUACUUCAAUCCCUAAAUCUUGGACAUUGACAAUGGAUCGUUAUACUCCAGUUGGAAUUCUAUUAAAUGGUAUAAAAGAAGAUGAGAGUGGUAACAGCAUUAGUGCCAUGCAGAGCUUCAAUAAGCUUUUAGAUGAGCCAGUAUUAUUUCAACAGCAAAUUGAAGAUCUUCAAAACCAAGCAGAUACAGUAUCUGAUCCAGUGAUACUUCAAACUAUUAUACUUAAUAUAAAUCUUGCAAAAAUUGCCAUUCUAACAGUAGAUAAACACAAACAAGCAAUGAAAAAGUUCUCAGCUAAUGCAAAUUUGAAAAUCUACUAUUGUAGCAUCUAUUUCAAGCUUGAAGAAAUCUUCACAGCUUGUAAAACUGUUGCAAGCAAGCUGGUCACACCAACUGGCGGAAAACUUGCAGGAUACGCUGAAGCUGUGACACUAGUUGGGCAAGCUAUUUCUAUUUUACCAUGUGUAGGAGAACCGCUCAGUAUCAUCGCACAACCAAUCGCUACGCUUCUUGAACGCGUUGAUUAUAAGCAACAGAAGAAUACUAUGAGCAGAAUAGCUAAUCUGGGAAGUACACAAGAGCUAUGGGAUACAUCUCAACGUGUUGCAGAAGCGUUGACCGAAAUUUAUGAACCAUUGCUUUUACAGUUGAUUCCUCUAGAAACAGAACUACAGCCUGUCGACCAAGCGCCUCCAGCGAAAUGGUCUGACUGUUUUACUAAGCCGAACUGGUGGGUUUCGAAAAAGCCAGCUGUACAUGUACUUAAAGAAGAAGCAUAUAUCAAGCAAGCGAGAGAGAUUGGUGAGUAUGCUGUAGCACUCGUGUUAGAAUCAUUGCUACAGCUAGACAGUGUUGACGAAGUGAAAAAGCAAAUGGAUCAGAACUUGAUCAAUGAUGAAAAUAGACGUCAGAACUCAAAUUGGAUAAAAGUUGAACUCAAGCAGAUGGAUGAAAAUUCGACUGAUGAGGCACCGAAACAAAAGUAUCCGAUAUCGACUGAUGAGGAACAGGAACCAUUGUUCCAAAAGUUGAUCGAUGCUGUUUGUAUACCUAAAGAACAAAGUGAAAGACAGAACAAAAAUGUUAAAUCUCUUUUUAGAGAUCGAAAAAUCUUAAUUAAAACUCAGAAUAAAGAAUGGACACUGGAUGGCUUCUAUCAUGAGCCUGGAAUUACUACUAAAGAUAAAGAAGUUUAUGUUCGACCUGGAUCAAAAUCUGACGUUUACCCAAAUCGUAAUGGAACAAAAGAAGAAGCAGAACGUCUACAAUAUAUAUUACAAAAAUGA